AUGAAGACGAAACAGCAACAACAGCCAGUCUCGGCUUCACAUACUGAAAAUACUACGGAAAACUCUAUUGCUCACCAGGAGAGCUACCAGAAGGGGUGGAUCAUUGGCGGUAAAUACCGUGAACAAUUAUACGAGGACGAACACAAUCAGGAACUCUACAGCCAACUCCUCCAAGAGGUGGACUUUGACCUUCCUCUUACCGUGAGCACGCCGACCCAACAUGAUGGUAAAAACUUUGUUGUGUUGGAAUUUGCCGAGGGCGACAAAGAGAACCCUUUCAACUGGAACCCAAAGUACAAGGCUUUCAUCAGUCUAUUGCUCUGUCUGAUGACCUUGUUCAUUGGUCUCGCCACAACUGCCUAUAGUUCUGGUAUCACACGGAUGACGGAGGAUCUUGGUGUCUCUUCUGAGUUGGGACAAUUGGGUCUCUUCACCUUUAACUUCACUUGUGCCCUUGCACCUCUAUUCCUGGCACCCUUCUGCGAGCUGGCUGGUCGAAGGGUUGUCUAUGUCGGUGCUUAUGUCUGCUUCGCUUUCAUGUUCAUCGGCCUGUCUCUGGGCAAGAACAUCGCUACCAUUCUUGUCUCUCGUUCCUUACUCGGACUGUUCGGUUGCGUCGGUACUAUCCUUGUCGGCGGUACUUUCGGUGACAUGUAUACUCCGGCCCACCGUGCCAUCCCUAUGGCAUCCUUCGCCUUCAUUGCCAUCUUCGGUACCGUCGCCGCUCCCAUUUACGCUGGCUUCAUCGACCAGGCUCUUGGUUGGCGUUGGGUUGAGGGUAUCCAGGGCCUUGCCAACAUCCCCCUUGUCAUUGUGAUUGCCAUUUUCCUCUGUGAGACCCGUGGAGGUGUGACACUGAAGAAGCGCGCCAAGAUGAUCCGCCAGACGACCGGCGACGGGCGUUUUGUUACCCACAAUGACCUCGAGGCCCCCGGUAUCAGGAUGAUGCUUCACAACUCCUCCAUCAAGGCCAUCAAGAUGCUGUUCACCGAGCCUGUCGUGUUUGCCUUUGGUCUCUGGAUCAGCUUCGCUUGGUUCCUGACCUUCCUCUUCCUCUCCGUCAUUCCCAUUACCUACCGGGAGAAGAAAGGCUGGAGCGAGGGUGUGUCCGGUCUACCUUACAUUGCUCUCUGUAUCGGUACCACCAUGGGCUUCGGUCUGAACUUCUUCCAAAUCAAGAAGUACAAGUCCGUCAUCAACGACCCGGGCCGGGAGUCCCGCCCUGAGGCUCGUCUUUACGGCGCGAUGUGCGGCGCCGUCUGGCUUCCAGUCGGCCUUUUCAUCUACUCCUUCACCCAGUACAAGGAACUGUUCUGGCUUGGUCCCAUCGUCGGCCUGACUCUCAUCGGCAUUGGCAUCUUUUUCAUCUUCGAGUCGUGCUAUAGUUACACAGCAGACUGCUACGGCGAAAACGCAUCCUCUGCUAUUGCCGGCCAGGGUUUCAUGCGUAACACCCUCGGUGCCGUGUCACCGCUGUUCGCAUCCCAGUUCUUCCACAACAUGGGCAGCCAGUAUGCCGGUCUGCUCCUGGCUCUUAUUGCCACCCUCCUCACCCUUAUUCCCUUCGUUCUGUUCAAGUAUGGACCUGAUCUGCGAGCUCGUUCUAGACUUGCAAGCACUGUUCUCAGUUCUCAGGCGUAA